CACACACUCUCUCGCUCUCCUUGUGUGUCAGACCAGGAACCUAGGAGCAAGAUCCUGGUGACUGUGCCAGCAGCUGUGUGUUUGUGUGUGCCAACAAAUGGGUCUGUUUAGAGUGUGCACCGGGUGCUAACGUCAAUCCAAAUGGAACUGGUGGUGUUGUAUACUUUAGGGAUUCUGUCCGGGGAUUCUUCAGCUCGGCCGCGUUCCUAAGAGUCCAUACUGAGGAUCAUAUUCACCUGCUCUGUAUGUAGACUUCCCAAUGUGGACCGGCCACAGGACAUGGAGGUGGCCUUGAGCAGGCAUGGAAGAUGGCAUGUCGGGCUCCCGCUUGAUGAUAUCACACACUUGCCCCAGCUCUCUGGGGGACUCACAGCAGGUACGGUGCCUGAAGGAAAUCUGCUGUAUGUGAUUUGGAGAAAGAUGCACUUGUUCCGCAGCUGCAGCUAUCAAAUUCAACUUGAGGGACAGAUGGGCAGCGCCCCGAGGAUACAGGGCAUCCGAUGGACCCCUCUUCCGGACCGUGAAUCAGCCAUGGUGUCCAGCCACAACCUGAACCAGGCUUCAUCAAACAAAAUUCAGAGGGCAGGAAGACUCCUCGGUGCACACUUAGUAAGCAUGUUCCCAGACCUGAUCCGUGAUCGCAAGCACCACCUCCGGCUUUACAGGCACUGCUGUUCGGGGAAGGAACUGGUGGAUGCGCUGCUCAGCGCGGGGCUCUCUGUGCAGACCCGCAGCCAAGCCCUUGGACUCUGCCAGGUGCUGAUGGAUGAAGGAGUCCUUUCUCACGUACGGCAAGAAAGCUACUUCCAAGACCGCGAUGCCCAGUUUUUCCGUUUUGUCGCCCUGGAGCCAAGUGCAGGGGACCACGACGGGGAGGAGCUACUGGAGGCGCUGGCAUUGCUCACCCAGCUGGGCCCUACUGCUCUUCUUACCACCAUCCUGCGGAAACCCCCUGGCCAACGUACAGAUGAAGAGCUUGCAUUGAUCUUUGAAGAGCUUCUGCACAUCAAAGCUGUCGCCCAUCUCUCCAGUUCCGUAAAGAGAGAAUUGGCUGCCGUGCUGCUGUUUGAGUCCCAUGCGAAGGCUGGAACUGUGCUAUUCAGCCAAGGCGACAAGGGCACAUCCUGGUAUAUCAUCUGGAAGGGAUCAGUCAACGUGGUCACACAUGACAAGGGCUUAGUGUCCACCCUGCACGAAGGUGAUGAUUUUGGGCAGCUGGCGCUGGUGAACGAUGCACCCCGUGCAGCCACCAUCAUACUCCGGGAAGACAACUGCCAUUUCCUGCGUGUAGAUAAAAGAGACUUCAAUCGUAUCCUCAAGGAUGUUGAAGCCAACACCCUGCGGCUGAAGGAACAUGGGAAGGUGGUGCUUAUUCUGGAGAAGAAUUUGCAAGGCAGUAUCUCCAGUCACCUUCCUGGGACUCCAGGGAGCAGUAGGUACUCAGUUAUGGCUGGGACCCCUGAGAAGAUUCUCGACUAUCUGUUGGAAACCAUGCGUUCAGACUCUACACUCUCUGACCCUGUAGACACCUUCCUUGGAGAUUUUCUCUUGACACACAACGUGUUCAUGCCUACGCCGCAGCUGUGCAGAGUUCUGCUCGAACAUUUCCAUGCUGAGCCUUCGGAAGGCACUGAACAGGAUAAGGCUGCCUACGUCCUGAGCAAAAGGCGGAAGAUCCUUUGGCUGGUGAACCAGUGGGUGAUGCUGUACGGACGCCUGCUGCAGACCGAAUCCAGUGCCUUGGCCUUCUUGCAGAGCCUCUCAGAAUGUGCAGCCCAGGAUACUCGUUUGGGUCCCGUGCUGAGGGAGCAGUUGCAGGAUCAUCGAAGGAACCGAACGUUAGAAAACGGCAGCAGCCAUACCAUGUCUCCAAAACUCCAGGUGCGAAAUGCUGUGGACUGGUUUUCCAGCCAGGAGGAACCAUUUCUGAACAGCAACUACACCAUCCGGGCUCAGGACAAAAUUGCAUAUGACAUAUAUAGGCCAGACCAUUCCUGCCUCACCACCGUGCUCCAGGUGAAUGCUCCAGCGCAGGAGCUGCUUGCAUCGCUGGCAGACAAUCACGGCUGGAGCAAAGAAUGGAUCCUAGUCAAGGUCAAUUCAGCAGGGGAUAAAGAGGUAUUGCCCAUGGAGUCCAUCGGCGUGUUUACGUCUCUGGGGUUGAACGAGAGGCUUUUUGCUGCCAGUCUUCAAGAGCUUCACACCUUGGCCCCUCACCCCGAGCAGCUUGGCCCCACUGUGGGCUCUUUUGACAGCCUGGAUUUCAUCAGUUCCAAGGAUCUGUCUAACCAGCUGACCGAGCAUGACUGGAACCUCUUCAAGAGUGUCCAUCAGGUGGAGCUGAUCUAUUGCAUUUUUGGGCAACAGAAGUUCCCCAGUGCAACCACGGCCAACCUGGAGCGCUUCCUGCGUCGUUUCAAUGAGCUGCAGUUUUGGGUCACCACGGAGCUCUGCCUUUGCCCUGAUGUUAUCAAGAGGGCCCAGCUACUCCGCAAAUUCAUUAAACUGGCUGCACACCUGAAGGACCAGAAGAACCUGAACUCCUUCUUUGCAGUGAUGUUUGGCUUGGGCCACUCCAGCAUCAGCCGCCUCUCUAGGACCUGGGAGAAGCUUCCGCACAAAACGAGAAAGCUGUACAGCUCCCUAGAACGCAUGUUGGACCCGUCUUGGAAUCACCGAGUCUAUAGACUGGCUAUGGCCAAACUAACCCCACCCAUCAUCCCCUUUAUGCCCCUCCUUCUUAAAGACAUGACCUUCAUCCAUGAGGGAAAUCGCACGUUGGUGGAGAACCUUGUCAACUUUGAAAAGCUGCGCAUGAUGGCCAAGGCUGUUCGUCUCGUGCACUGCUGCCGAAGCCACCCCAACCUUCCAUUGUCCCCCUUGCGGAGUCGUCCUCAACACCUCCUAGAAGAAGCUCGGGCAAUGCGUGCCUCUACUUGUUCAGAGCAGUCCCUCAGCACCCGGAGCCCAGCUGCUACCUGGGCCUACAUCCAACAUCUGAAGGUGAUUGACAGCCAGAAAAAACUUCUAAGGCUCUCGCGAGAUCUCGAAUCCUGAUGUUGCAGGAACGACACAAGCUAGGACACAAGCUAGGACACAAGAUGUGCGUGCUGCCUGACCUGGGGCAAGAACCUCUGUGAAGGGCUACCUUCUCCAGAGGGUUAGCCCUGCUUUCAAAACUGGGAAAUGUGGGACGCUGAGCAGAUGGGAAGAGAGUUCCCCAUUCCGUUUGGGGCACCCAUGAACCCCACCUGGGAACCAGGACAGUUGAUACCAGCUGUGUCCUCCUGGCAGGAGGAAAGAUAUGCCUGCUGCCUGCUACUACGAUUCUUUCUGUAGACUACAGAAUUUCUGGCUUGUUUGUGGAACUGCUUUGUAGAACUCAUUUGGCUGCCUUAUGGUGAGAGGAGCGAAAGCUCCUGUUAUUACUAAUCAGUGUUCAAGAGAAAUGUGGAUUUCUAAGACGCGUGUGACUUUCUUAUGUCUCUUGAAAUGCCACUUCUUGACUACGACAUCUCUCAUCUCUGAUCUUUCCAGACCUGGAUUUAUGCCUAAGCUAAGUAAGAUGCGAUUUAGGGCCUUGGAUUAUGAAGGACCUCUAAAUGCAAAACACUUACUACGUUUCAAUGUUAGGACAACACACAUUUGGGAGGUAAUACUGUGGGCCUCUUAAAUUUGACAUUGCUCAUGGCCUCAGCAUGGUUUAAAUUGGGAAGAUGAACCACACCAAAAUUAUGCCCAGCAGUUGAUCUCUCUCGAUUUCAGGGCUGUUUUUAGGACAUGUGUAGAGAAAUGUAGCAAAAAUCCAUUCUCUCCAAGAGAACUGAAUUACCCAGGCUGUUGUCUAUCUAUUAACACCUGCAAUUGAUAAUGUGGUAUCCCAUAACUGUACUAAUUUUCACAAAUGGUAGCACUUCCAAAGAAAUCCACCUAGUAUUUCUUGCAGCUUUGCAACGGGUGAUAGAACUCAUCGGCCAUGUGUCUCUUGCCAUUGCAAAAAACAGCAAGUGCACCCAGAGGUGGUAGCUUGGUUUGUGGACUGCUUCUGGCACAACUGCAGGUAGGUGUGCAACCAUGACGAGGACUGAAUGCCGUUCUGGCCGAUCCGUUUCCUGCCUGUGUCUCUCCUUCUGCCACCCAAGUCAUGGGGUCAGAAGGCAGAACGAGACAAACAUAGG